AUGUCCGAGGUGACUCCAACUCCGAGUCCAAUGUCUCCUAGUAGUAGUAAGAAGAAGAAGAAAACGACGGAUGAGCUGCUACUGCAGCGAACGGAGGAGUUGCGCCUUCUGACACAUGAAGCCGCUGAGCUGUUGGGUGAAAAUAAGGAGUUGCGAGGAGAGAUUGGACGACUGAGCGAUGCACUGAGGUCUGCUGCUGUUGUUGCCAUCAUCAUCAUCAUCAUCACUGCUGAUGUCUGCUGCCUUUAG